AUCGAGCUCAAGGACUGCGCGGCUGGCUCUCCCUUAGUAUGGCCAAUGAAGAGGAUGACCCAGUCAUACAGGAGAUCGAUGUGUACUUGGCCAAGAGUCUGGCAGAAAAGCUGUAUCUGUUUCAGUAUCCUGUGCGUCCAGCCUCGAUGACCUACGAUGACAUUCCACACCUCUCAGCCAAGAUCAAGCCCAAGCAGCAGAAGGUAGAGCUUGAGAUGGCCAUCGACACCCUGAACCCCAACUAUUGCCGCAGCAAAGGGGAGCAGAUUGCGCUGAAUGUGGAUGGGGCCUGCGCAGAUGAGACCAGCACGUACUCCUCGAAGCUGAUGGACAAGCAGACAUUCUGCUCUUCCCAGACCACCAGUAACACAUCCCGUUACGCCGCUGCACUCUACAGGCAAGGUGAGCUCCACCUGACACCUUUACAUGGCAUCCUGCAGCUGCGGCCCAGCUUCUCCUACCUGGAUAAGGCGGACGCCAAGCACCGGGAGAGGGAGGCAGCCAACGAGGCAGGGGACUCUUCACAGGAUGAGGCGGAAGACGAUGUUAAGCAGAUCACGGUGCGGUUCUCCCGGCCCGAGUCAGAGCAGGCCCGCCAGCGCCGCGUGCAGUCCUAUGAGUUCCUGCAGAAGAAGCAUGCGGAAGAGGCCUGGGUGCACCUGCAUUACUAUGGCCUGAAGGACAGCCGCUCUGAGCACGAGCGCCAGUACCUGCUAUGCCCAGGCUCGAGUGGGGUGGAGAACACAGAGCUUGUCAAGUCACCCAGUGAGUACCUGUUGAUGCUGAUGCCGCCCAGCCAGGAGGAGGAGAAAGAUAAGCCUGUGGCCCCCAGCAAUGUCCUGUCCAUGGCCCAGCUGCGCACGCUGCCCCUGGCUGAUCAGAUCAAGAUCCUGAUGAAGAACGUGAAGGUCAUGCCUUUUGCCAACUUGAUGAGCCUCCUGGGCCCCUCCAUCGAUUCCGUGGCUGUUCUGCGGGGCAUCCAGAAGGUGGCGAUGUUGGUCCAAGGGAACUGGGUGGUGAAGAGUGACAUCCUGUACCCCAAGGACUCAUCCAGCCCUCACAGCGGUGUGCCUGCCGAGGUGCUCUGCAGGGGCCGAGACUUCGUUAUGUGGAAGUUCACGCAGAGCCGCUGGGUGGUUAGGAAGGAGGUGGCAACAGUGACCAAACUCUGCACCGAGGACGUGAAGGACUUCCUGGAGCACAUGGCUUGUGGUGAGGAUCACAAAGGCUGGGAGUUCAUUCUGCCUUAUGACGAGUUCAUCAAAAAGCACCCGGAUGUGGUCCAGCGGCAGCACAUGCUGUGGACGGGUAUCCAGGCCAAAUUGGAAAAAGUCUAUAAUCUUGUAAAGGAAACCAUGCCAAAGAAGCUGGAUGCACAAUCAGGGCCUGCCGGGCUGGUCUCUGGGGACCAGCGUAUCCAAGUAGCCAAAACCAAGGCCCAGCAGAACCAUGCGUUGCUGGAGCGGGAGCUGCAGUGGCGGAAGGAGGAGCAGCUGCGGGUGCCUGCGGUCCCUCCUGGUGUGCGGAUCAAGGAGGAGCCAGUGAGCGAGGAGGGCGAGGACGACGAUGACGAGGAGGAGGAGCCCAUGGAAACUUCCCCAGGUGGCGUCCACAGCAGGCUGGCCAAUGGGCUGCCUCCCGGGCGGGCUGCAGGCACGGACAGCUUCAACGGGCAUCUACCCCCGGGCUGUGCUAGCACCCCCAUGGCCCGGGAACUGAGGGCCUUUGUGGAGGCCACCUUUCAGAGACAGUUUGUGCUCACGCUGAGCGAACUCAAGCGCCUCUUCAACCUGCACUUGGCCAGCCUGCCCCCUGGCCACACGCUCUUCAGCGGCAUCUCGGACCGCAUGCUGCAGGACACGGUGCUGGCCGCUGAUGUUUGA